GGGGGCGGGACCGUCAGGAGUUGCCCUGAACGCUCAUAAAGCUGACAAGCGUGGAGGGACAGUGUUAGGAAACCAGAGGACCGUGUGCCGUUCACACUUCGUCAGCCAGAGGCAAUGAGUCAUUUUCAGGAAGACGUUCGCUUUAAUCAUCGCUCAGGAAAACGGAGUGUGCUGAGCGGGCGUGUCCUGAUACCAGUCGGGUGAUGUGUCCUCAUUGGUGGGGGUGUGUUUAUGGGCUUAGUGGAAGCAGUCAGGCAUCAUUUUCUGAAACAGGCUCCGAUUUUAAGUGCCUUUAAGGAGCCCGUUUCGAAAGGAUCUGUGUGGCGAAUCCUGUGGAGUCGACACCGCUAGGACCGCAGGUGGAAGGGCCUCAGGUUAAUGCUCCCAGGCGGCCCGCCCAAGACCCGAGACGUUAGCUUCCUGCCCUACCCUCCCUCUCCGCAGCUCCCCAUCACCGGCUCCCGCCUGUGCCUCUACGAAGACGGCACCGAGCUCACCGGAGACUACUUCUCGAGUGUCCCCGACAACUCGGAACUCGUGCUUCUCACCUCAGGCCAGACCUGGCAAGGCUAUGUGAGUGACAUCCAUCACUUCCUCCACGCGUUCCACAAGCCGCAGGCGGGGCUCAUCCAGGCUGCCCGGCAGCUGCUCUCCGGGGAGCAGGCCCCGCUGCGGCAGAAGCUGCUGGCCGACCUCCUGCACACCGUCAGCGAGAACACCGAGGCUGAGACCAGGGCCGAGGACCCGCCGUGGUUCGAAGGUCUGGAGUCUCGAUUCAAGAAUAAGUCUGGCUACCUGAGGUACAGCUGCGAGAGCCGUAUCCGGAGCUACCUGAGAGAGGUGAGCGCUUCUGCCUCCACGGUGGGCGCGGAGGCUCAGGAGGAGUACGUCCGGAUUGUUGGCCUCAUGUGCCGGAAGCUCAGGGCGGAGCAGUACCACAGCAGCUACUUCGACAGAGGAGCCGAGGCGGACAGCCGGCUCUGCACACCCGAAGGCUGGUUCUCCUGCCAGGGUCCCUUUGACGUGGACAGCUGUGCAUCCAAACACUCCAUCAACCCCUACGGUAACAGGGAGAGCCGGAUCCUCUUUAGUACGUGGAACCUGGACCACAUAAUAGAAAAGAGGCGCACUGUCAUCCCCACGCUGGAGGCCGCCAUUGCGGAGCGGGCCGGCAGGGAGGUGUCCUGGGAGUACUUCUACAGCCUGCUCUUCACUGCACACAACCUGAAGCUGGUCCACAUCGCCUGCCAUAAGAAAACCAGCCAUGGGCUCAGCUGUGACCCACGCAGGAUCUACAGACCCCAGACGAAGCCGAAGAGACGGCAGCCGGCCCGCAAGUGCCAGUGAUGGGCCAAGUGUGGCACCUCCUCCCCCGGCGGGCACGUCCUCCCGUUGGGCACUGUUACUACACUUUUGCCGCUGCAGCGGUUUCUGGAAAAACUUCAGAGCCCUCCUACAAGUUCUGACCUCGCUACACUUCCGAAUCUGUGUUCGCACCUCCGACGGCCCGAGUGCCAGCGGACAGGCUAGCCGUGCCCUGGGGCGCGCGGUCGGCUCAGGAGCCCUUCCGUCCCUGCUGGGCUGCCCCCGCAGAGACGCAGCGUCAGGCCCGACGUGGCCGCGCUGGUCCGAGGCGCGGGCAUUCUGUGUCAGCUCUCUGCUGGGUCUCUGCUCCCGGGCGGAUGUGAGGCUAUACCUGCUGGACUUUUCCGGAUGCUCCAAAGAGUGGCAACCCAUUCAGGGUGAAAUGUUUGUAAAGAACGCGCAGGGACACGCGCUGCUGUAUGGUUUAUGAUGGCAGAAAGCGGGAAACCCUCUGAAUGCCUGUCCACAGGUGAGUCCUGCUUGUGGUAUUGUGCUGAACCGCGGCAAACCGUUGGCUUUGUGGCUCAGAAGCUGUCAGAGGCCAUUAAUUUCUGGGUUCGUCUUCCACGUGGACAUAAGGCACAGCCACGUGGCAGCUCUGUGUGUUUCAUACGGAAAAGGGAAGCUGUCGAGUGCACAAAGCAUCCAGUGGCUUGACCAUGCAGAGGACGAUCUGUUGGUUUUAUAAAAGCCCGUGAGUGUAUG